AUUCACGGACACGCUGAUGAAAACAUUCGGGCCGCAGUUGUUUGCAACCGUGUAGUGUGUAUGGACUCUAUUUCCUUGUUGUAGACCGGCAAACAGAAAUCUUGCGUUUAGUUGUCGUAAUUGCCUUACCUUGAAUGCUGUGCCUCUGCUCGCACGCAACACCAAACAAACGGAUCAGUUUUGCCGGCAAUCGGCAAGGACGCUAAUCGGAGACGAAACUGAAUAAGCAGUUUCAGUAAAAUAUGACGAUUGCUGAUCAGUUGAAGGAGAUGGGUUUCGACGCGAUUAAGGUCGAAAUGGCUAUGAGGGAAACGGGUGGAUCUUCUCUCGAGCAGGCUAUGGAAUGGAUUUUGGCUCACAAUGAAGAUGAAAAAAGACAGCAACCAGGUCCUUCGAGUAACUUGAAGACGGAGUCGGCAGGACCCGCACAAGCAGAGUUAAGUACUGCGGACGAAGGGCCGGUUCCCGAGGAUCAACGAACUGUGCAGGGCCAAGAGGCGCGUUCUAUGAAAUGUGACGAUUGCGGCAAGCUGUUUCCAAAUGAGGAUGCUCUUGUGUGGCAUGCGUCGAAAAGUGGACAUACAAAUUUCUCGGAAUCUCAGGAGGCGAUUAAACCAAAGACCCCAGAGGAACUUAAAGCUGCAAAAGACGCUCUGGAGGCUCGAAUCAAAGCAAACCGGUUAAUUCGUCUGGAGAAAGAGCGCCAAGAGGAGCACGAAAGGGAGCGGCUUCGCAGAGCACAAGGACGAGAAAUCGUCGAACUCAGGCAGAAGUUCAAGGAAGAUGAAAUAAAACGAGAAGCUGAGGCUCGGCGACGUGAAAAACAAGAAGGAGCCGCCGCACGAAGAAAAAUUCUCGAAGAAAUUGAGCGGGAUAAGGAGGAACGUCGUAAAAAACUACAACAGCCCGCGACCGGGGGAGCAGCUCAGAACAUUCCUGUUAUGCCAGCUACUCCUAAGCCCGCGGCAACUACCGGACCCGCGAAAGAGUACAAUGAAUGCCGUAUACAUAUCCGGCUCACCAAUGGUCAAACCUUAACUCAGACGUUCAAGAGCUGCGAACAGCUAGCGGCAGUCCGGUGUUACAUCAUGACGAAUCGCUUAGACGGCGAUGUACCCUUCCAGCUAAUGACAUCGUUUCCAAAGAAGAUAUUUACCGAGGAAGAUAUGACCCGAACGUUGAAGGAACUCAGCCUGGUACCUUCGGCUGUACUCAUUCUCAGCAAAAUUACACAGCCGUCACAAUAACUUCAAGAUAUCACCAUAGUUGGUCGAAGGAUUAGGCGAAUCUGCCUUGAAUGAACGUACUAUGUAGCUGCUACCUGCGCAAGCAACAACUAAUAGGGCCGAGUAGAAAAUAGCAGGACUUCGACCUGACAAUCUAGCUGAAAAUGUGGAGAACGGCUGUGAUCGAAGUAAACUUAGGCAAUAAGGUGUGCGUCAGCUAAAAAUGUCUUAACUUAUGAACUCAGUGUAACACGUAACAUAACUGUGGGCUUGAUAAGGUGAAACUGUUAGUACAGUGGCAUAGUAAAGUAUCUGGCGUGGCACUGCCAGAUAGGAUUUGGCCUGCAAUCAUUACGAUAGCUGUUUUAAACAAAAGAAUUCGUUACUGUCAAGUGUUUAGUCUAAAGUAAACAAUCUAAUUUUCUAAUACGUCACGCAUAUACAGCGUGGCUAUUUGAUGAGAACGACUAAAUUUGUGCUUGAAUUAAUUUUGGAUUGCGAUAUUAAAUCAUAACUCGUAGUUUCGUAUGCCCCAGACAAACUCAUGUGUUAUUUUAGUUCCUUGUAUGAGCAUGUCAAUGUAUCCAUAUCACUUAAACUAAAAACUAGAAACUCUACAGUUAGUUUAUAUCCUAAAGGAAAUGGUAGAUGAUGAAUUUAAAGGAAAUUGCGAAAUCGACAGGUACGGUUAUACAGGGAAACACAGAACAGUAGUUCUAGCUUAUACUAAAUAUGGCGUAUCUGAUGUCUCAAAAGAACUACUUUAGGUUUUAUGUCUUGCGGAGCCGUGCCUUCGAGGCACGAAACAAAAUGUGUUGAAUGUGGUUUCAGGCCUAGAUAACCACGUUUAGCAGGCAAACAUAUCACUGCUGGAUCAUCCCAGGGACCUACUUAAUGUGCCUAAAUGUGUCCACUUUUACGCUUUUAUAGCAGAUACCUAUAGAGCUAAAUAUUGCUUCAUGCGUCAUUAGUUCAAAUCUGGCAUACCUAGCAAAUUUAAACCUCAAAUGCUUCUAAAGUUUUAUUUCAAAAUUAUUCUGUUCACGAACCUAUACACGAAAUUAUACUAUAUUUAUGUUUGUGGAAAGCAUGGGUGUUUUUUAAAAUAGGCGAGGCCUUGCGAAACUGCGGUUGCUGGCUAAGCACCUGAAUCUCAGCAACACAUCAAAUUAUUAUCACGUAUCAUUCCUGAUUGUAUUUUUGAUAUAGUAACUCUUGAAAUUAAACACUGCAUCAGUGUGAGCCAUUAGAUACUGAGGCCUCAUGAAUCCCUUUAAAAAGCAAUAAAUGGAAACAUAGAAUUUUUUUUUGAACUCUCAAUUCGAAAGUUGAAUCUGUUGAUGAAAAAAGUCCUGCGAUUAUUAUUAAAAAAUUAAGGUUUAAGUAAACGAAUAUGCCGUAUACUCCGGUCAGUGUCAACGAAGUCACCCCUAUGUACGGUUACCGCUCUGUUUAGGACAGUCGUAAAUUUCAAGUUUUUGUGAAACCUGUAAUUAACGACUGUCCUAUCUCAUCUCUGAUUUAGAAACCUAUUUGGGUCUGACACAUAGCCCACGAACAGCGCUCUGUUUUCACUUGAUCAGAAAAUGAGAUUAAGAGGACAGGAAGUUCUAAGACAAAACAGUAGAUACAACUUUGUCGCCUAGUGUCGAAAAACACCACACUCUGACCGAUGUUCAUAAACAUAGUCAGCAUAUCAAAACGUGACAAAGCGAAGGGUUUAUUCAUGUCACAUGGCGCGGUUCGAACAGCUGCGAAAACCAGCGACACUCGCUGUGGAGUCGACAUUACCAGUACACUGUACCUAAACCUCUUCGAAGUGAGCUUUCCUUCUCACACGAUACCCUGAUGAUAGAGACCGGCGCGAUUUUUGCCCACAUGUCGUUGACUCGUUUAUGAUGUGUCAGCACGCAAAAACAUAUAAUCACA